AUGAACUCAACUACCUUUAUCGAGGAUGAUGACAAUCCGAACCUCGUCGCGUAUGUCAACAGAUCUAUUGAGGAUGAAGAGCAAUUCGAUUUUCUCCGCUUCGAGUUUUUGCAACUACUCAACAUCACACGGUUGGGUGUCAAUCUGGUACGGCUGAAGAGUGACAUUCAACGACAAGGCCAUACAAUAUCGGAUCAAUCAGAGCGCUUGACGUCCACAUUGAGAGAUUACGCAACGGCAGUUCGCGACCAUGAAUAUCUCCAGAAUCACCAAAGCCUUGACCAGGCCGAGACGACGCGGCGAAAACUGCUCCUUCAGAGAUACUUCCAGUCACGAAGCGACUUUAAUGACCCCUUCCAGUCUCACUAUUCGGCUUUCAACGAGAGACCUGACAAAAUUGAUCCUCUACGAUGGACCUUCAUGAGAUACUUCCCUUCCCGCCUUACGUUUUCCCACCACGAAAAGCGCAAAAGGAAGAAGGAAUACCUCGACGGCGAGCCGCCAAAGUACGUUUCGGCAUUUGUGGACAGGCUUGUACGUUCCACCAUCGCCAUCACUGGUGGACUCUUUGUUAUCGUCCCAAUGAUCAUCAUGAGCAUUGAUGAAUCGCAAGUCAAGAGCUUGGUCACAGUGUCAGUGGCUGUUGUUGUCUUUGCACUUAGUGUCUCCUUUGGUGUGCCGGUCUCAAAUAUUGAAACGUUGGUUUCUACUGCGACUUAUUCUGCUGUACUUGUCGUGUUUGUGGGCACAAGCACUGGGUCUGGAGGGUAA